AUGUGUUCAAUAGACUUACCAACAGUUACGAAGUCUGGCGUGUGCUUAGCCAGUGGUACCUUCUUUGGAUACGUGCUGCAGAAAUCUUCUGUUUACACCCCAGAUGUGAUCAGAAAUGCGGCGUUGAUGCAGAGCGGCACGCCUCUGAAGAUGUGGCUAGCCGCUAGUACUGCAAACAUGGCGGCCCUGGCGAUACUUCCUGCAGUUGGUGGGGCAAAUAUAGUGAAAGAAGCCAAGGCAGAUCACUGUGCUAAAGGAGAAAGUCUACCAUGCAGUGUUGUGGGUGGAUUCAUUCAUGGUGCUGGCAUAGUUAUAUGUGGGGCUUGCCCUGCAACCAUCCUUGUACAACUUGGUACCGGUACUGAAAACUCUCUUUAUACGCUUGGUGGCUAUCUAGCAGGGGGUCUCCUAUAUGGCUUCUUAGAUGAAAAGAUUGCUUCUAUAAGGAGUGAAACCAAGAUGCUCAAACGAAAAUGCACUUUGGAUGACUUUGUAGGAUGUAGUUAUGCACUACUGGCCAUUCCAUUAUGUGCAGGUAUCAUGACAUUUUUGAAAUACUCCUCCGACUAUCUCCCAGCUGACUUGAAAACUAGCUGCAAUUGUGGAUCCAUAAAACCAGGUUUAGUCCUGGGUUUUGUCAAUAUCCCGAUAUUGCUGGCCGUCAGAAAGAUGAUUGGUUGCAGCAGUAGUUGCAUCACUCUGGCAUCUCAGAUCGUUCCAAAGUCAGUAUCUUCGAAGUAUCUUGACGCACACAGGUCGGGCUUCAAAAAAUGGUGGCAGGUUCUGUUCACAGCAGGGGCUGUAGGUGGUGCUUACAUUGCAGCAAGAGGAUCAGACUCUUUAAACACAGUGACUGGAGUUUCCAAUGGCCAUGGUGUUACUGGCGUCAGCUUACUGUCUCUCCAAUCACUGUCAGUAACUGCUACAACUAUUGCUGGAGGUGUGGUUGCUGUGAAAGCACUUCAAAGCAUGGAUCUUUUUUAA